AUGUAUACCCACCAGUGCAUGCACCCGCAGCAGCAUAGCAGCGUGCACUGGUCUCCUGGUGAUGGGAUGAGCGCGCCUGGGCACGCGGCGGACAGGAGGGUGAGAAGCACUGUCACUGGUUCAGUGGGUGGUUCGGGUGUGGGCAACACUGGCAGCUGCAGACGGGGGGUGAGCUUGCAAAAGGAGCCACUGCACCAUUCACCACGCCCCUCCACCAUGCCGUCUCCACUCACCCCGCCCCCCCGAGCCAUCCCCCUCCGCCACACCACAACCACCCCAGUGCGCCCUCUCCCUCCAUCCACACUGUCUCGCCCAGCCACCCCUGACUUGCACGGCAUGCGGCUCAACUUCCUCCUGGACGAGUCGGGCAUUCACCGCCAGCUGGCAGCACUGGGCCGCAUUCUCCGCCUUGCCGACCCUGAGCUGCACGGGCACGUGCGCGACAUGGGCGGCGGGGACUGUCUGUUUGCGUACCGCAUGGUGGUGGUGGGCAUGCGGCGCGACCUGCCCCUGCCGCAGACACUCAUGCUGUGGGAGGUGUGCUGGGCUGACGCCCUCGCUGCUUCCAUGGCGCAGGGGGGACACGAGGAGAGGGGGGAGGAGCAGGCGGAUGAAUAUCAGGAGAGGAAGCAGCUAGUGGGCGGAUCAGGGGUGAGUGAUGAGUUGCCUGGAUGCGAUGAUCAUAAGGAGAACAUCAGUGCAGCGGGUUGCAUGGAUGGGAGGAGUGGGUAUGGCAACGGGCAACAAAGGAGGGGCAUGGCUGUUAUACCCCAUGGCGGCAAGGCAUGUGCAACAAGUGAUUCCCGUGUGGAUGGAAGUGGGCCACAUGGCUGUGUGCCUGUGGUCUCCCAAAAUAUUUCAGACGAGGUGCAAGAACAGGAUCAGCAGCAGGCUGGCGACGCUGAUGAAGGAGGGGAACAGGAGUUGGGACCACCAACAGGAAGCCUGCUUUUGUUUGUGAUGGUGGUGCUUAUCUGUUCGCAAAGGGAAGCUCUUCUGGAAUGUGAAGGGCUGGAUGAGCAGAUCGCAUCACGCGUCGCGGCAAAGGACAUGGCACACCGUGAGCCCGCAGUGCGGCACGCGGUCGUGCUGGCAGCCAUCGUGCUGUGGCUGUGCGCCGGCCCCGCAUCAGCCGCUGAUUGGGAAUCCCUGAAGAGCGUAUUGGAUCCAGCGGGAACUGUGCUGACCACGUGGACCAAUCAGCAGGAUCCCUGCUCACCCACUCCCUUCCUGGGCGUGCGGUGCGACGCGAGCAACAACGUGGUGGCGGUGGACCUAGCGAAUCGCGAUCUGGGCGGGCAGGUGCCGGAGCAGCUGGUGCAGCUGUACGGCGUGACGACCGUCAACCUGCAGGGCAACGCGCUCACGGGCCCGCUGCCCACGUCGCUCAACAGCCUCGCGAAUCUGCAGGCGCUUCUCCUCUCGUCUAACCAGCUCGCCGGGCCGCUGCCCGAGCUGUCGUCGCUGUCGCAGCUGACGAUGCUGGACUUGUCGCACAACCAGCUGCAGGGCUCCAUUCCCGACUGGCUCUCCGACCUCUCGCAGCUGUUACACUACUUUCUGACAAAUACGGCUUUAGCUGCAACUGAUGCCUGUCCCCAUUCCUGCCUCACCAACCCUGCAUCAUCCAUGCACCCCUCUCGUCCUCUCCAUUUCCCUUUUCCCCUCCACUCAAUGCAGCUCAAAUACCUCGAGCUGAACUCGAACCGCUUCAAGGGCUCGCUCCCCGAGUCGCUAUCCGCGCUGACGACGCUGCGCGAUCUGCACGUGGACGGCAACAAGCUCACGGGCAAGGUCUCCCCGUCGCUCGCCUUCCUCUCCGCCACCGGCGCGUCUUUCAACUUCACGCAGAGCCCCGGCUUCGCGCUCUGCGGUCCCCCGCAGCUGGGACUCCCCCCCGAUUGUACCGCGCCGUCGUCCCCCGCCCCUCCCGCCGCUGAUCCCGGCUCGUCGCAACAAGCCUCACCUCCGGCCGCCACCACUCCCGGGAGUGGUUCCAACUCCGCCCCUGCCGCCGGCAAUGGAGGCCCCGCGCCUACCGCCGCGUCUCCCGCCGCAUCUCCCGCCGAUAACUCAUCGAGCAACUCAACGGCGGCGUCGGGCGGGUCGAGCUCGGCGGUGGUGAUUGUAGCGGGCGUGCUUGUGGGGUUAGCGGUGCUGCUGGCGGUGGCCAUCGGACUACUGCUGUGGCGCAUGGGGUGGUGCGGACGGCGCAAGGCCGCGCGCAAGCAUUCCGGCGCAGUGUACACGCACGCGCCCAAGGACGCCGCGGAGGUGCGCCUUAAUAUAGUAGACGGGCCGGCCCAGUCUAGCAAGGCAGCAGCCGCAUCUGGCGGCGCCGUCGACGCCGCGAAGCACGGGGAGGACCAACCGCUCAACGCGCCUCCGGUGGCCGUAAUCUCCGUUGCAGCCAAUAAGACGGCUCCUGAUGACGCUCCGUGGACUUCAGACGUCGGACCAUUGCCCUCGUCACGACUUCCCUCCGCCACAUUGCCGCCGUUACCUCCCCCGCCCUCCGCGGCAGUCAGGGGAACGUCGAGCGCAAGCAGCGCGGAUGGCGCGGAAAGCGGGGAGCCGGUGGAUAGCUACGCGGCUGCUGUCGCUGCGACAGCAUCGGCGGCAAGCUCUGGGGGCAGCUUCGGGGGAUGGGGGAAGAGACGGGGAAAAGCGCAAGAGGGGACGGCGGAGGGCGGAAGCAUGCAAUCGAGCGAGGAGGGAGAGCGGGACGGGGAAAGUGAGGGCGGUGGGGACGCGCGCGAUGAGUCGCGCUCUGCGCCGGUCAGCCUUGCCGCUGCAACGACUGCCGCCAUCACCGCCGCCGCUCCCGCUGCGUCUGCGCGCGCUGAUGGCGCUGCGGCGGGUGAAACCCACUGCGCGGAGUCGCCGUCGUCCUCGUCGUCGGCGGAGCUCUCCGCGGGCGCCGCCGCCCCCUCCGCCGCAGCGGCGGCCGUGGGGGUGGCGAGCGCAGAGGGCGAGGAGGAGGAGGAGGAGGAGGAGGAGGAGAAGGGGAGUGAGUGCAGCAGCGGCAGCGGAAGGAGCAGAACAUCCUCCCAAGGCGGGCGCGGUAGUGCGGCUGACGCGAAAGACGGCGCUGGUAAGGGCGGCGCGGCGGAGAGCAGCAUUGGCAAGGCGGGCACGGGCGCAGGUGCGGGCGCUGCGGGCGUGCUGGCGACGAGCGGCGCAGCGGAGAGCAGCAGCAGCCAGGGCAAGAGCAAGAGCUCGGGCACAACGGUUAGCAGCGCCGCUGCCGCUGCUGUGUCGAAGCUGCUGGGGCGAUGGAGGCAGUCGCACAAGGAGCAGCAGGCCGCCGGCAAUAACGCGAGCGCGCCGCCGCACGACGCGCAAGGGGAGGAAGGGGCAGAUCGGAGGGAGGAGACGGAAGAGGUGUCGAGUAGCGAGGAGAGUGGGGAGGAGGUGGAGGGGGGGGAAGGCGACGAGGCGGAGAGUGAGGCGGAGCAGAGCGCGCAGCAGUGCGCGGAGAGUAGCGGCGGCGAGCGGGUGAGGAGCCUGCCCUCGUGGGCUGCUGCCGCCAGGACCGGCGCGGCUCCCGCCGCCGCCGGCGCCACCGCACUUGGCGCUUCUGCGAUGACGACAGCAGGGCAGGCAGGAGGGGGAGUGCAGGAUCCAGCUAGCCCUGUGAUAGCUCCGCGGACCAAUCAGGGCGUGCCAACUGUGCUGUCGCCAAUGCAGCAUCCUCCCGUGAUCAUCCCGCCGGUCGUUCCCCUCCCCUCGCUCCGCUCGCUCCCCGCCGCGUCGCGCUCCUCCGCCGCUACCGCCGCCAUGCCCCGAGUGUCGUCCGCAACAGGUAUAACAGGCGCGGGAAUGACGGGCACCGCCGCCGCCGCAGCGGCGAGGGCAGCCGCCACGUCACCGCAGCAGCAGCAGUCGGCACCGCAUCUCCCGCUCGACGACGCGCUCCGGCUCCCCCCUUCAGCGGCCGCCGCAGCUGUAGACCCGCUGCCACCUCCGCCUGGCCUUCCCCCUGCGUCGGCGCCAACGGCGGCGUUGGCGGGCCUCCGCCCCGCGUACGGCGCGGCGGGGCGGGCGCUGAGAGCGGCGGACGUGGAGGAUGCGGAGGACAGGCGCGCGGGCGACAGGGGGGAGAUGGGCGCAGGCGGUUCCGCUGCUUCCGCCGGUGCUCAUGCCGCAGACCUGCCGCUGCCGCCGAUGGCGAGAAUCAACGGCUCGGAUGGCAUCGCGACGCAAUCCGACGACGGCAGUGUGGCGGGGAGCGUAGUGAGCGCGGGGGGCGGAUUGAGCGCGGCGGGGGGCGAGUUGCGGUGGUUCUCCGUGAGCGAGCUGGCCAUGGCGACGAACGAGUUCGGGCGCAACGCGCAGCGCAACGUGGUGGGCACGGGGCGGUACGGCACGGUGUACCGCGCGCGACUGGCGGACGGCAGCACGGCUGCCGUGAAACGACUCACGCAGUACAAUCCCGACCAGAGUCCCCGCGAGUUCCGGUUCGAGGUGGAGACACUGGCGACGCUGCGCCACCCCAACCUCAUUGCGCUCAUCGGCGGGUGCUGCGCGGACCCCGCGGACGGCGCCUCCGCGGGGGGCGCGGAGCGCAUGCUCGUGACGGAGUAUGCGGCGAACGGCGACCUGGACACGUGGCUGCAUCCUGACGACGCCACGCUGGCAGCCAACGCCGGGGCGCAGAUGGAGGCCAUUGAUUGGCCGAUGAGGAUGCACGUCGCCGUGGGAUGCGCGAAAGGGUUGGCGUACCUGCACGAUGUGCGGGUGGUGCACAGCGAUGUGCGAGCAGCCAAUGUGCUGCUGGACCACCGCUGCGACGCGCGCCUCUGCGACUUCGCCUUUUCACGCAUCGUCGGCAGCGACCCCAAAAACUCCUCCGCGCGCCACGCCCUGCGCUCCUUCGGGUACAUGGCGCCAGAGUACAUGAACACGGGCGUGCUGACGGAGCGCAGUGACGUGUACAGCUUCGGAGUGCUGCUGCUCGAGAUCAUCACGGGCCGACGACCCAUCGACAGCCAGCGCCCCUCUCACGAGUCGAACCUAGUGAAGUGGGCGAAGCAGAUGGCAGCGGAGGGGCGGUUCUUGGAGAUGGUGGACGUGCGGCUGUGUGCGGCGGACAUGGGGGGCAGCGCAGCGGUGCCGGUGGCCAUAGAGGACGCCACGUACGUGGUGGGCGUGGCGCUGCGCUGCCUUGAGCCCAACGCGCUCAAGCGCCCCAAGAUGAAGCAAGUCGUGCACAUGCUCGAGAGCGAGGACCCCUGCCUGAGGGAGGACUGGGUGGCAAGGCGGCCGGCAGUCACGCCGCGAGCGGUGCGGGACACAAGCCCCUCGUGGUCCUCUGCGCGCGCACUCACCGACGCAGCAGCGCGCACCAGCCCGCGCUUCGCCCUCUCCUCCCCGCGCCACAUCGACCCCACGUCGCCCCUCACCGGCGCCGCAGCCACCGGCGCUGGCAGUGCGUAUGGUGGUGGCCUUGUUGCUCCUUCUGGUUCCGCUUCCUACCGCAGUGCGAGCCCCCGCAGUGGCUUCUCACCCACAGCUGCCAGUCCCAAGGCGGCUGACAUUGGGAGUAUGAUCACGAGCGCUGCUCUGCGCGGCAACAGCCCGCACCACGCUGGGAACAACAUGAACAUGAGCAUGGGCAUGACCACUCCCACACACAGUGCUGCUGCUGCUGCCGCGGCUGCUGCUGCCGCAGGCCACAGCCCCACUGCUCCCUCCCACGGCUCGUCAUCCUCCUCGCCCUUCCACACAGCAGCAGGGCAUCACCCCAGCACGUCCCCAUACAACCACCACCACCAUCACGCCCACUCGCACGGCUCCACUGCAGGAGCGGCGGCCAUGGCAGCAGCUGCAGCAGCGGGGGGAUAUGGCCAAAGUCCUCCACCGUAUGGGCGACAGUCGGGCAGCCCAGCAUCAGCAGCGGCAGCAGCAGCGGCAGCAGGGGCGUUCGGGCAGAGCCCCCCGCGCUUUGGCCAGAGCCCUCGAGCAGCGGCUUUUCUUGCAGGCGUUGCAGGGGCAGGCAGCACAGGGGCCGCCAGUGCUGCCGCACCAGGGGCAGGCUAUGCUGCAGGUGGAAGUUUAGGCGGGGGAAUGGCAGUUGGUGGAAUGUAUGGAGGAGGCAUGGGAGCAGCAGGGACGGGAGGGGUGUAUGGGCAGAGCCCCAGAGCAACAGGGUACUAUGGGCAGAGCCCUAGAGCAGUGUCAGUGUAUGGCCAGAGCCCCACUGCUCCCUCGUACUACGGCCACAGCCCCACUGCUAGAGGCACAAGUCCCUCGGCUGCUGCAUCACGUGUUACGGCGUCAAGCCCAAGGGCUCUCAGCUAUGGGGAUGGCAGUGCAGGGAACAUCAUUGCCAGCCAUGCUAUGAGCAUUUCCAGCCGUCGGAUGCCGUCGUGGAGCAGGAGAUAA